AUCCCUGUCAAUACAUUUAAACGUAGUUUUUGAAUUGGUCAUAAUGUUCAAAUCGAUUUUUCUACUAGGCCUCAUGGCUAAUGUGCUUCUCAUGGUGUCUUCUGCAGACACGUGUUCAGGACAGAAUGAAGUAUAUAAUACAUGCCCUGUUACCUGUCCACCGCAAACUUGUGCGGCUAUAGGCCAGACUUACAGUUGUCUUAGUAUUCCGGUAAAUAAGACCUCAGACCCUGGAUAUUGUCAGCCUGCUUGUGUAUGUGAAGACGGUUACCUCAGAAAUGAUAACAACGUUUGUAUACCCAAAGAAGAUUGUUAAAACUGCAACAAUUCUGACAGCCCCUCUAAUGAAAAUCGUCCACCAUAUAUAAGUACAAUACUAUGGAAAUCACAAAAUAUUUACUGGUUACCUACGGCACCAUAUUUAAUGGAAGUGUUACGUCUCUUGUCAGAAACUGACAAUAAUGGCCACACUGUCUAGGUGUAAUGGUUUAACACCCUCUCUCACAUUCCGAUUGUCGCGGAUUCCAUCUCCGUAUAAUUCAAACAUGUACAUUGAUUAAUAUGUGUACCAAUAAUGAUUUGUAUUGAUAUGAACAUUUUCUAUGUAUUACUAUAUAAAAUAUAAACAAUAUAAUUAUU